UCAGUUUAGUGAAGGAAAACAAAUUUUUGAAAAUGUUUUUAAAAUUUUUCUUAUUGACUACAAGUUUUACGUUUUCUUUGGCCUUAACGGAACGGGAAAUUCAUUUAGGUGGACAUCCUGCUGCCAACAGAGGAAUGAUGGGAGAUGUAGCAACCGGGAAAUAUACUCCUCCAGAAGAAAAAAAUCCUGAAUUUUGGCGUUCUUUAGCUCAACGAGAGUUGGCCAAACGUUUGGGUAGUGUACCGAACUACAAUCGGGCUAAAAAUAUUAUAUUCUUCUUAGGAGACGGUAUGUCACUAACCACAGUAACGGCGUCACGUAUACGCAAAGGUCAGUUAAAGGGCAAUACGGGAGAAGAGGAUGCUUUAAGUUUUGAAAAGUUUCCAUGGAUUGGUUUGAGUAAGACCUACUGUACUAAUUCUCAAGUGGCCGAUUCCGCCUGUACUGCCACCUCUUAUUUGUGCGGUGUAAAGGCCAACAUAAUGACAAUUGGUGUCUCAGCCAAUGUAGAUUAUAAUAAUUGUACCAUGAGUAUGGAUCCUAAAAACCAUGUCAGCUCACUAGUGGAUUGGGCCCAGAAGGCGGGUAAGUCCACAGGAUUUGUAACCACCACCACCCUUACACAUGCCAGUCCCUCAGGAACAUAUGCUCAUACGGCCAAUCGUUAUUGGGAAUCUGAUGCAGAUGUUUUGGCAGAUCAACAGGAUCCCACGACCUGUAUGGACAUGGCUCAACAGUUGAUAACACAAUCGCCUGGUCGUAAUUUAGAUGUUAUGAUGGGUGGUGGUAUGGGUAAAUUUAUACCGAAUAACGUAAAAGAUGCCCAUGGCAAUAAGGGAGAACGUAAAGAUGGUCGCCACCUAUUAAACCUUUGGAAGAAGAAUAAUCCCAAAGGAGCUUUAGUCACAAAUCGCAAACAAUUGCUAAAUUUAAAUCUCAAAAAUGUAGAUAAAAUUAUAGGAACAUUUGGUUCCCAGUUAAUGAAUUUCCAUGCCCUUGCCGAUAAUACUAAACAACCAAGAUUGGUGGAAAUGACCGAAGUUGCUCUCAAGUUCUUAAGCCAAAAAAAUCCCAAUGGUUAUGUAAUUUUUAUAGAAGGAGGUUUAAUCGAUUAUGGCAAUCAUUUCAAUAAACCUGGUCUUGCUAUAGAUGAAACUUUGGAAUUUGAAAAGGCUAUAGAAUUGGCGGUUAAUAUAACCGAUCCAAAUGAAACCCUUAUAGUGGUAACAUCAGAUCAUGCUCAUCCUUUAAGUAUAGCCGGCUAUCCUGGACGUGGUACUCCCAUUUUGGGCGUCAAUCAUCAUGGUGUUGAUAGCAAUGGCAAAAAAUAUGCCACCUUAAAUUAUGCUGUGGGACCUGAACAAUAUCGAGAUGAGGAGGGUAAAUCUUUGGAUUUAGAGGGUUUAAUUGAUGGUAGUAUAGAUUCCCCACAUCCCAGUCAAAUACCCUCCAACAUUGGCGUUCAUGGUGGCGAUGAUGUGGGUAUUUUUGCCUCUGGCCCAUAUUCCCAUUUAUUUGGUGGGGUAUUGCAACAAAAUUCUAUACCACACUUGAUGGCUUUUGCUGCUGGUAUUGGUUAUUAA